GGGGGGGGAGGAGGAGAAGGAAAAGAGUCAGUCCCAUCAACGUGAAUAUGCGAAGCUAACGUGCUGUAACGGCCAUCGAUUCACAUUACAUGGUUCGGGUGCGGGCUGUGGUGAUGACCCGAGACGACUCAAGCGGGGGUUGGGUGCCCAUGGGCGGCGGCGGCCUGAGCCAUGUCAUGAUCUCCAAAGUCCGGCACCCGGAAGAAGGACGGCAUCGCCAGUACCUGAUCAGCGGGAAAAGAUAAUCUAAUCAGCCAACCAUCUUAGAGUGUGCUCUCAAGAGGGACCUCGUCUACAACAAGGUGAACCCCAUUUUCCACCACUGGAAAGUCGGAGACAACAAGUUUGGCCUCACUUUCCAGAGCCCUGCAGACGCCGUGGCCUUCGAGGGGGUGCAAGCUGCCCUGGAGGAGAUUGCUGAAGGUUCCCUCUCGCCUUCCUCUACCUCCUCUUCUCAGGAGGAUGCCGACGGGACAGAUGAAGCUCUUGCCGUCCACACAGACAGCGAGUCCUCGUCGAACAGCCGCAAGGAAAUGCUUCCCAAACCCAUCACCAUCGUAACCAGUGAGUCCUCCGCCAGCUGCUACUUGCAGCCCCCAGUCUCCGAAGAGUUCUCCUUCGGCACAGUGCAAGGAGCAACGUCAAGCAGGCUGGUGCAGCCCCAGACCUUGCAGCAGCUGAUGCUCCCCGACGAAGAGGAGCUCGAGAGCAUCACCCCUUGCAAAGACCUCUGGGUAACCAAAGGCUACGAGGACUACCGCCGGGCGGUGGUUCAGAAGCGGCAGAUGGACCCGGACAAAAUCGACAUGUGCGUCCACUUCGAGAAGGGAGGCGGCGGAGGCGGCAAGUCUCCGCGGGAGAAAGAGUACUGCUUGCCCCCCGGGGCCGAAGGGCUCAAGGACCCCAAGGCCUCGCCGUCCUGCCACAUCCACGGCGCCCCCUCACCCCCACGGCACAAGCCCCUGAAGGAGCAGCAACAGCAGCAGGCGCCCCCCGGGGCGCGGGGGUGGAGGAGGACACGGUGCCCCCGCUGCGUCUACUGCCGGGACGUCUUUAACCACGAGGAGAACGGGCGCGGGCAGUGCCAGGACGCCCCCGACCCCAUCGGCCGCUGCGUCUACCAGUUCACCUGCAUGUGGUGUGCGGAGAGCAUGCUCUACCACUGCAUGUCGGACUCCGAAGGAGAGUACUCGGACCCGUGCUCCUGCGACACCGGGCACCCGCACUUCUGCAUCCGCUGGAUGGCCCUCGUCACCCUCUCCCUCGUCGUCCCCUGCAUGUGCUGCUACCUGCCCCUCCACGCCUGCCACACGUGCGGCGAGCACUGCGGCUGCUGCGGCGGCAAGCACAAGGCGGUGCGGUGAGGAAGCCCCGGGAGGGGUUCGAC